ACAUCGUGUCUAGUGGUGAACUGCUCCUGUCCCACUCACACGACUGUCUGGGAAACAAACAAGCUCUACACAUACGUUUACCUGAUUAUAUUCAUCCCAGGCCUGCUGUGCAACACCCUGGCUCUUUGGGUGCUGUGUCGAUUCAUAAGCAAAAAGACCAAAGCCAUCAUCUUCAUGAUUAAUCUAACCAUAGCUGACCUGGUUCACGUGCUGUCGCUGCCGCUUCGAAUUCACUACUACAUCCAACAAGACUGGCCUUUCGGCAACAUGUUAUGUAUGCUGUGUUUUUACCUGAAAUACCUUAACAUGUACGCUAGCAUCGCAUUUCUGGUGUGCAUCAGCAUUCAGCGCUGUGCUUUUCUCCUGCGGCCAUUCUGUGCCAGGAACUGGAAGUCACGCUAUGAUGUCUGCAUCAGCGCCGCAGUCUGGGUGGUGGUGGGUCUCGGCUGCUCGCCCUUCAUUUUAAUGAGGAGCAAAUCAAAUUCUGGAAGUAACAGCACAACCUGCUUUAAAGACCUGCCGAUGCGCAAGCUGGAUGUACGCUCGGCCAUUUCCAUGAUGGUUGCUGCUGAACUCUUGGGAUUUCUUGGUCCGUUAAUUAUCAUUAGUUUCUGUACUUACUUAAUAGUGAACUCCUUCAGACAGAGGAACCAAAAUCAGCAGUCCACUGGUAACACGAAAAAGGCCUUGCGCAUGGUUAGGGUGUGCACAGGGGUCUUCCUCUUCUGUUUCGUCCCCUACCACAUAAACUUCCUGCUGUACCUGAUGGUGACCCAAAGCAUUAUAACAAACUGUGCAGCGAGUCAGGCCAUUAGACAAUUUCACCCCAUUUCUCUCUGCAUAGCAAGUCUGAACUGCUGCCUCAACCCUCUCAUCUACUACUUCCUGACCACAGAGUUCAAGCAGCAGCUGUCCCAGCAUGGCUCUGUGCUCAGGGGCCGUCUGAUGAGCAUGGAGAGCACAUCUUCCUAUAGGGAAUGAGUGAUGUGCAUGCACCUCAUCAACAGAGCAUUAUGAUAAGGAACCCUAAAUGUGCUAUAAACACUGAAGUCAUGUAGUGUACAAAUCUUGCCUUCAGACAGUGUACAAACUAAAGCCAUUAUUAGUCUCGCUUAGCCAGAGCUUCAGACUGACAGCAGAAGGUCUGGGAACCUUGGCCGCUUUGAAUGGCUAAAGCCCGCCCAAGAGGCCAAAUGAUUGACAGAUAAAGCAACCAAUCACGUUUCGUUUUGUGCCAUGUUCAGGGGCAUGGAAAUGUCCCCACAAUAACAGACUGGUGUGUGUAAAACCCUUGGAUGUAUUUUAAAGACUCCACGCCGUGAACUUUAAAUAUUCCACAUACUUUUGAAGAUCCAGCGUUCAGUUGAUCCUGAUAAGCGCUCGACGGCUUUCUUCUAACAUGAGGGGGUUUGGCUUCAUGGCAUAUUUGUUUCCAGGCGGAACGUUAAAGAACCAGCACGCAUGUCUCCUGGAAAUCCUGUAUAAUUCAACCAAUCCGAUGAUGACUUCGAAACUCCCCAAGUAUUUCUGAUUUUGUGUGCCGUAUGCAUCAGACGUUCAGCCAGCGGUCCGUGAGCAUGAUGUCUGAGGCUGAGACUAAUACAUUAUGUGCUAUACAUUGCUUGAACAAAAAAAAAGAUAGAAAAUAUAAAGCUUGCAAGUAUUGUUUUGAACAAAACCACAGCCUUUCAUGGCAUAGUUGAAGUAUCUGAAGUUUAACAAUGACAGCCAUCAAAGACAGACUAACUUAAAUGGAAGAAAAAAUCAACUUUCAACUGACUGCAUGACAUAUUUGUGUAAUGCAGAUGCAGGAUGAAUGUCUCUCAGAUGAGUGUCUCUCUCAACAAACUAAUAGGAGUGAAAAGGCAAAACUAAUCUUUAGUUGAACUGACUGGGCCAACUAAACACAAAGUCUUGAAUAAGAUUAAACGGAAAAAGAAAAUCAACAUAACUG